CGCUUUAGUAGUUUUUACUUGAUUUUUGUGUGUAAAAAAACUAUAAAAUUAUUGAAAAUUUAAAUUUCAUUAGUUUCUAGUAAAUUUAAGAAUACUACAGUAACGGACUAACUGGAACUAAAUAUUUAUUGAAGUGUACUAAAUUAAAAGAACAUGCAAUACGUAACCUCAUUUAUCAUCAUUAUUUUCAUUUCAUGGACAACACCGCUCUACACAUCACAGUGGCAACACGCUUACAAAUGCGACUUAAAUGGUAUUACGCCACGUUGCUGCGUAGACGCUAGCAAAAUUAUACCCUUUCUCGAUAACUCGGUCUGUCUAGUAGAAGACACAACCAUGGGUGAACCGCAUCGCUACUCUAUUCUAAUAGAUGAUUUUCCUGUUUGCACAGUUUAUCGAUCGGGUCCAUGCAUACAUGAUGCUGAAGUGUGUAUACUAAUGCGGCCGCGUGUCUACGUUUGCCAGACAUCAUUCACCAUUAUUUUCAAGCAUCGCACCGCGGAAUGGUGUUUCUCAGCGUAUUUGAAAAUCUUCAGUAUCAAAAUGUAUAAAUAUCCACAGCUUUGCGGUUAUUUCGCCGAGCACUAUUUUCUAAUGCCACGUGUCAUUGAAGAUUUACUGAUCGAUUUAGGUUAUUAAAAAUAUUUGAUUUAAUUAAAAAAAUAAAAGUUAAAUGGAAAAAAUUUAGUCAAAUUCAGCUUCAUUGAGUCAAAUUAAAUCGAAAGAAAUUAGAACUAAAUUCCUUAACAGUUAUGUCUUAUUUACUCCACUUUCAGUAACAAAAAAAAU